ACCUAAAUGGUAUAUAUAAACAUUGCAACGUGGUUUCAUCAUAUCAUAUAGAUUAGCGAUAUUCUAAAUUUAGGUUUGGAACUUAAAAUAAAGCUGAUUAUCGCGAUAGGUACACAGUUAUCGAAAUGUACUGAAGAGGGCAAGAUGUACAAAACUACAAUGUGAAGAUACUUCGCACUACAAAGUGCGUACAUUUAUAUAUCAAAAAUGUGUCCUUCUAAAAACAUUAAAAAAGGCCUUGUUGAGAGAAAUCAUGGGGACAACACACAGAAUAACAAAAGACUUCCAUCGCCUAGCGAGGACCAUCAAGAGCUUCUCAGAUGGUCAAGCCCGCAUUGUGAUGGAAGGUGAGAGUGGCGCCCACGACUCCAAUGAAGAGGAGAACAAGUUCAGAUUUGAAGUGGACAUCACGCCUAGUGGGGGGCCUUACCAAGGAGGAACAUUUAGGUUUGAGAUAUCUGUUGAGAACGAGGCACAAUGGUCCCAGGAACCACCCAUCAUACGAUGUCUUACCGACAUCUACCACCCAAAUAUUGACCAUUUAGACCAAGACUUGGUCACCUCCAAUGUGUGCGUCAGUGUCCUGGAUCACGGAACCUGGAGCGGUCAGUGUGACUUUGAGACUUGUGUUCAAGCUCUAUUGUUUCUGUUCUAUGAGCCAAACUUUGAUGAUGCUUUGAGUCCUAUCUGUUGCUCAGAUGAGAAUUUUCAGGAGCUGGUUCAAAUUUCAUUGAAAGGAGGAACAAUUGAUGGAUUUGGUUUUAGGCCAAAUGAAGGCUGGGUGAAAAAGAAAAAUGUUAAUAAUGUUGUUAAAAAAAUAACUGUAAUAAAUGAAAAUGAAAAAUAAUAUU